UCCUCCAAACUUUUUACAGGAGUUUAAAGUUUUACUGUCACAUCUAGUCGAAUUAACAUACAUUCUGUUAAAAUUUAGUGAAAGAAACACACGAAUGAAAGAAUACGUUCGAACUAGAACGUUGGACAUGAAGAACAUGUGAAAGCAUGUACAUGUAGUAGCCUGUGAUCCUACGUCGACCGACGUCAACCGCGGGGAACCUCAGAAGUCAGAAUUUUUCUCGUAUCAAAAUCUCGUGACAGCGAGUUGUUUGCUUCACACGUGGUUCUCCCGUGAGUUCUCCCAGAUUAUCAUCAUCAUGCCAUCGCGUGCCGAAUGCCUCGUCGUGCCUUACUCGGCCAUUGCUGCAAUGUGCCUUAGCCGUGGGUUGGGCAUUCGUGGAAACCUUCCCUGGCGUUUGAAGAAAGAGAUGGCGUAUUUUUCUCGCAUCACCACCACCACCAGCGCCCCCGGCAAGAUAAAUGGCGUCAUCAUGGGUCGCAAGACGUGGGAUUCCAUUCCACCAAAGUACCGCCCCCUUGCGGAUCGUCUCAACGUCGUGGUCAGCCGGACCCUUUCCAAAGUCCCCGAAGGGCAUCACGUCGUUCAGAGCCUGCCCGAGGCCACCAGCCUUCUGCAGAAAAUGGCUGCGGAGGGAAAAGUCGACAAGAUUUUCGUAAUCGGGGGAGAACAGCUGUACAAGCUGGCCGUCGCGGAUCCACUGUGCACGAGGCUCUACGUGACGGAGAUCGACGCCGACUUCGAAUGCGACGUCUUCUUCCCCGCCAUCGACCACUCCGUAUUUCAUGAAGUGCAGGACGAUCAGGUACCGCAGGAAGAGCAGACCGAGAACGGCCUCACCUUCAGAUACAAGGUGUACGAACGACAGGACAACUAGGUUCCUCACCGCAACACACGAGCGACAGCGACCGAACGAAGUUACGUACUAUCCGAUCGACUUGCACACAUACCUGUUAUCAGCAUUCCAUUUAUAGACUACUUGACUACUCAAGACUACAAACAUAUAAGUGUUAGCUCACGAACCUGCCCAGGUUGUACAACUGUUAAGGUGCCGCCAUUUUGAUGCAUGUUAUGUCUGCUGGCAUUUUGAUGACUUCUAUUUUUAUACUAGCUGGCUUUUUUGACACCCUCUUCAAGUCCUGCUGUACACGAGGGCAAUAAAAAAGUCUGAACAAGA